AUGACAGAACGUUACUAUCCUAAUGAAAUGGAUGAGCUUUCAAUUGAAGAAUUGGGACCUGAAAAUACAAAAGACUCUUUAUCCAAACUUCUUUCACUUCCUUAUGAUACUAUUACUCAAAGACUCAAGCUAGAUGCUAUAAACCUCAAAGAUGAAGUUGUGAGGGAGACAUGGUCAGCUAAAGGAAGACAUGUAAAAGACUACAGACUCUACACUGGUACUUUAGGGACUGCUUAUUUACUAUUCAAAUCAUAUCAAAUUACUCGAAACAUCGAUGAUAUCGCACUUUGCUCCGAUAUUAUUCAGGCAUGUGACACCGCUUGCAAUGGUUCUGGACCACCUACAUUUAUAGGCGGCCACGCAGGUAUUUACGCUCUUGGUGCUGUUGCUGCGAAGAAUAAUGGUGAUGAUCAGUUAUGUCAAAUUUUUUUGACUAAAUUCAAGGAGAUUAAACUUCCAAUAGAUCUUGGAGAUGACUUGUUUUAUGGUAGAGCAGGGUACUUAUGGGCAUGUUCUUUCUUAAAUAAACAUCUUGGCAAAGGCACAAUAUCCAUCUCUCAAAUGAGAGAAGUUGUGAAUGAACUCGUCAAGUCGGGUAGAAAGUUGUCGAAAUUAGAGAAUUUUAAGUCUCCUUUAAUGUACGAAUCGAGGGGGAAAAAGUACUGGGGAGCUGCCCAUGGAUUAGCUGGUGUUAUGAAUGUUUUACUAGACAUGGAACUGAAACAAGAUGAAAUUGAAGAUGUUAAAGGAGCAUUGAGGUACAUGAUCAAGAAUCGAUUUUCGAGUGGAAAUUAUCGUACUAGUGAAGGAGAUGAAUCAGAUGUUCGCGUCCAUUGGUGUCAUGGUGCUCCUGGUGUUGCACUUACCUUUGCAAAAGCAGCUAAGGUUUUUGGAGAUGAUGAGUUUCUCGAAGCAGCUAGAGAAGCAGGGGAGGUAGUAUGGAGACGAGGUUUACUCAAACGAGUCGGGAUUUGUCAUGGAAUAAGUGGGAAUGCUUAUGUUUUUCUAUCACUAUACAAACUAACAAGGAAAGAGGAGUAUUUAUACAAAGCAAAAGCAUUUGCUUGUUUUCUACAUGAUAGAGCUCAUACUUUGAUAUGUGAAGGUGUUAUGCAUAAAGGUGAUCAUCCAUUUUCUUUGUUUGAAGGAAUUGGAGGAAUGGCUUGUUUGUUUUUGGAUCUUGUUGAGCCAUUUGAGUCUAGGUUCCCUGCCUAUGAAGUCUAGGAUUAGGUUUUCAACUUUUUGUGAAAACAAACAAGAAAUAAUGUAAGAUAUUUAUGUAGCUAAGUAUGUGUGUGGUGUUUUUUUUGGUGUGUGGUUGUGCUAGUGAUGAUAUUGUGAGUGUUUAGAUAAAGAUA